UUGUUAACCCUUUUUUCUCUUUCAGUCUUUUACGACCAAAGUGGACGUUUUGGUUUAGAGGUCUCAAGUUUUGAUAUGGCCAUGACAGAAGAGUUUCAAGAAGCCGAAGUAAUAUUCUCUGAGAACGGAGAGUCCUGCUUGGAUUUUCGGCAACAACAGAAAGAACACGCUAAGAAGUCGUCGGCAGCAAAGAAGAAGAAGAAAAUGGGGAACUCGGUGCCGGUGAGGAUUCCGAAUCAAAUGUUCGACUUCCGUGGCCGUGCAGUCGACGGUGGUGGUGUUCUUAAUGACUUCGACGACGACGAGCGUUACUACAAAGAUGAAGGCGAGAUAGUGCCGCCACAUAUGAUUGUACGGCGGCGCGUGGAAGGAAAGAUGGCAUUUUCGGUGUGCACCGGAAAUGGAAGAACUCUGAAGGGGAGGGAUUUGAGUCAAGUCCGGAAUUCCAUUCUGAGGAUGACCGGGUUCUUGGAAGCUUAAUUAAUCAAUCAGAGUUUAAAUUAUAUUCAUUUGUUUUCGUCAUUAUUAAUUUAGAUGGAGAAACUACAAAGUCGACCGUACCAUAAUUUUUUCUUUUCUUUUAAUUUAGUGGCUUUCCCUUCUCUUGGGGUAAUGAUAAUCCAAUUGUAAUCUGUAACGGAAAAACAAUGAUAUUGAUC